AUGUCUUGGAUUGAUCUCUUCUAUCCCGAUAUUCCUAAAAAAAGGGAGGAUCUUAUUCGCAAAAAUCAAGAGAUUCUUGAUCUGAUGGACAGCAACUUCUUCGCCACCAACCAACUCAUUGAUGUUCUUAACAGACACUAUAAUUACUCCUUCAAACAGAUCGAACUGAACAGGAAUGAUACUGUGAAAAAGAACUGUGAUGUUCUGAUCGAUUGCAUGCAUGAGAUUCAGGCCAAAGUGGAUGAGAUUGACCAGGAGCUGAAGGAGAAGCUGGAACCAGAACUGUAUGAGAAACUGAAGAACAUGUCUAUCACUGUUGAUGAUUUUGAGAAAAUCGCUCAUAUUGUUAAGAAUGUUUUGGGUAUUACAGACAAGGCUGCUACUGUUGCAUUCGGUAUUCUAAUAAACAAGGCAAUGGUUCUGAGUGAUCUAAUAUCCAAAAUAGGGAAAAUUGCAACAGGGCUUAUAGGCAGUGUUGUACUGGCGUUGGUAGGCCUGGGCAUUGAUAUAAUUUUAGAGGCCAGUUUAGGGAAAUAUGAGCGCCAUGAACUUGAGAAGGCCCUGAAGGAGUAUGAUGAGGUUUUGGCUGAAUUCAAGCCAAAGUCUAGAGAAUAUGAGCAGGUCAUAACUGAAGUCAAGUCACAUUAA